GCCCGGGUGCUGGAACACCUGAGCCCCCCCCUGCUCCAGGAGGAGCCGCAGAUGGAAGCCAGGAGGGUGCACCGGAGGGACGUCCUUGAAAGCACCGAAGUGGAGCCAGAGGAGUUGGAGGACAUCUCCCAGGUGAUCUUAUUCCCUGCCACAGAUGUUCCCUGUGAGCCCACACAGCCAGACAAGUUGCUGGAGGAAGAAGGGAUUUUCACCUACCUCUUCCAGCCCUCGGCACACACCCUGAGCCGUGUGGUGACUUCUGCCCAGCUCUGGUUUUACACGGGCCCCUCGGCCGCCCCCAACCACUCCACCCCCGAUGUGCUGACCCUGUCACCUCAGGGCCGGGUGCCGGUGCCGGCCAUGGUGGAGCGGACACCCGAGCACUGGACUGUGUUCCACUUGGCCCCGGUACUGCUGCCCCAGCUCUGGCAGCCGCUCUUCGUGCUCAUGGUGCGCUGCCCUGGCUGCCCCUGCCUGGCCGAGGGGGACAAGAUGCCCUUCCUGGUGGCCACCACCCGGGCCAAGGGCAGCGAGAGGGCUCGUCGCUCUGCCAUGCCCUGGUCCCCAGCUGCCCUGAGCCUGCUGCAGCGUCCAUCCGAGGAGCUUGCUGCCCACACCAACUGCCGCCGGGCUUCCCUCAACAUCUCCUUCGAGGAGCUGGGCUGGGACAAGUGGAUCGUGCAUCCCAGCAGCUUUGUGUUCCACUACUGCCACGGGAGCUGCGCCGCAGGCCACGGGCUGAGCCACCGGCUGGGUGUGCAGCUGUGCUGCGCUGCCCUGCCCGGCACCAUGCGCUCCCUGCGCGUCCGCACCACCUCCGACGGCGGAUACUCCUUCAAGUACGAGACGGUGCCCAACAUCCUGGCCCAGGACUGCACCUGUGUCUAG